GAGCUCUGUUGGGAGGGCUGGGACAGAUUCUAUCAGCCCACUCUUUCUUUCCCUACCCCUUGCAGACUGAAGGCCCUGCUCACACAGGACUGCUAACUUCAUUCUCUCAGUCCCGUUCUUUACCACAGUCUUUACCACGGAGCUCCAGAGCGUGCGCCUUGACUAGCUUAUAGGGAGUUGAGAGCUUUCCGGGGCACCACCACAGGGUUUCGGGUAACCCAGACCCUAAUCCAAGGGUUGUUUGCCUUUGGUCACGACCACCCCCCUUUGUCGACCUACUGUAUAAACAUUCUUGUUUCCUGUAAGCACCAGACACUCAAAGCUCUGGGGAACCCCGUCCAGCCUAGGCUUUUAUCUUUACAACCAGGACCAUCACUCAGUCCUCAACCGCAGGGACCAGGAGCCUCCUCCUGUCUGUUCACUAGCACAGCAGAGGUGAGGGGCAUGUGCUUAGACCCAGGCCUCGUUAAAGCCUACUGAGCACUGAAGAUACCCGUGUAGCAUCUUAAGUAUCUGGGCCUGAGUGACUCAGAGGAAGCAGAAUUUUGCUUUGGAGUGGGAGCCAACAGUUUUGUUAAUAACUCGAUGCAGAAUGUUCUAAAAUAAACUGCUCCGGUUUUAUAGCUGGAAGGGAUCCAGAGCCCGUGUAGCCCUCCACUGCAGAUGCUUUGAAUUUAGCUUCCCCGGGCCUCCCCAGAGGGACACGCUCUCCUCUUGGAUGACGUACCCCACAGGAGAGAACCAGCUGACUGCUAGGCAGCUCUAAACUUGGUCAAAGUGUCAGAAUAACCUUGGAGUUGGGUGUGACCUAGAGGGUAGGCGUCGUAGUGAGUUCAAGCCCUACCUCUGCCCUUCUAGGCGGAGCUUCUUGGGCAAGCCCUUUGACCCCUUUGUUCCAGGAUUUCCCUUUGCCAAAGACAAUAACAGGAGUAUUUCCCUCAGGCUGUGGGUUGAUAGUGUGUGACUGCCUGGUAGGAAGAAGAGCUAGUCUUAUGUGGAUAUGGUUGAAUGUGACUUUCUAACAUUCCACUUUCUGGUUUUGUAUCAUCUACCCAGAAGCCCUGCAGUGUUGAGGAGAGCAAUGCCUUCCUCAGAUGCUAAAGUCAGACCUCCCUGGUUCCUCAAAUUAUCACCUUCGUAACUCAGUUUCCGCUCUUCCCUCCCUAUUCUCUGAUGCGGCAGCUUUCCUCUUGGGCUAGGCCAUGGUGGAGGCCUGUGCUGGGGGGAGCUGCAGUAAGUACCAUGUGAGGCUUGUAGUCCCCUCACAGUGACCUGACAACUCGUCGUGGUCCUCAGGGUCCCUCUUAGAGGAAACUCGUCCUCCGGCUUCUUAUGGUGCCGUUGGCUGCCUUGAUACCCAAGGCACCUGUUUGGUUUUGUUGUUGUUUGUUUUUGGUUUGUUUUUCGAGACAGGGUUUCUCUGUGCAGCCCUGGCUGUCCUGGAACUCACUCUUUAGACCAGGCUGGCCUCGAACUCACAGAGAGCCACAGCCUCUGGUUUUCAAGUGCUGGGAUUAAAGGCAUUGCUUGUCUUUUAAACUUUAUCAUUUUUUAAAUAGAUAAAUUCUCAUUUCUAUAAUAUAUUCUGAUCACUGUUUCCGCUCUCUCAUCUCCUUCCAGAUCUUCCCCAUCCAUCCAACCCCAGGCCUUCUUUCUCUUCCUCUCCUUAGAAGACAGAGAGAUUAAAACAAAAUAAGAUAAAUAAAAAGAAAACAUACUCAGUAUUUAAGAAAAAGAGAAAAAAACACAAGGAACACAGGCAAUCCAGAAAACCCACAGAAUCGGAAACCAUAAUAGAUAAGCGAAAAAUUAAAAAGAAAAAAAAAAGGUCAAACAAAGCAUUAUGAGGCAAAAAGAGUUUUCAAAAAUUCUGUCAAGAUGAUUUUACAUUGUUGUUCAUUGCGGGUAUGAUACACCCUUAACCUGUGGUUUAUAUAAUCACAGAAACUCCGUUGGAGAAAACUAAGUUUUCCUUUGCAAUGAGUUGAGAUAGCUUCUGGGUUAGGGUGGGAGAUGACGCUCACUUCCCCUCUCAGUGCUGGGACCUCAUCUUUCUUCCCCUGGAGCUCCCAACCCAAAGGAGCUUCUGUUCAUCUCUCUGCUCCAUGGAUUCAAUUGUUAAGUGAGCUGCCCUCACUGUGGACGGGAGGCCCCAGACUUCAGCAUGGGGCAGAAGGUCCAGUCUGGUGAGGUAGAAUGCCAGGAAGACUGCGCAUGGGUGAGGUAGCAAGGAGCCCACUGUUAGACAACAAUGAGCCCAAGGGAGCUUCAGAGGCGGAUGGGGAUGAGGCCAUCGCAAAAGUCCAUGCCCCCACUCUCUCAGCUUACACACACUGCUCUGUUGGCAUGAAACUGUGCAUGUAUUCAAUGCUAGAGGCUGGACAGAGAACGUGACAGACCUGGUCCUGGGGUCUUUGAUUCUAGCCAGAGAGCCCUAUAGAAGUAUAUGAUGGUGCAGAUAACUUCGAUGGACACCUCCUGUGCACCAGGCACUAGCAUUUUAUGUGCAGUCCUGCGCUUGGCCAUAGGUAAUUUCAUCACGGCUGAGUUUAACAGUGUGCACUUAUAGCAAACUUUAGCAGUUAUGACCUCGCUCUGCGGUGCCAUCUAAGGACUGCCAUGAUUCCUGUGGUCUGUCCUCACCGCUGUGCAGCGCACGGCUACGUUCAUGAUAUGUUUUCCUUCUUUCUUGGAUUACAAUUUGUGUAGAGCAAAAUGUACCAGUUCGAGCAUACAGCUCAAUGACCUUAGACUGGUGCACAUACCCAUGUGAACUACACCACCAUCAAGACAAAAGUCCUUUCUGCCACCCUGCACAUUUCCUAGUGCUGUUGAAUGCUAUUUCUUAUCGUUAUUGUGUUGGAGAGGCGCACGUUAGGACAACGUCACAGACUGGAUUCUGUCCUUCUAUCCUUACAUGGGUUCUGAGAGGCAAACUCAAGUCCCCUGGCUUGCAUGACAAGGGCUUUACCUACCAGGCAUCUCACCAGCCUUCCUAUGUCCUAAUUGCAUCUACUGCUGUGGUUCCUGUCACCUCAGGUCACUUUCGCCUAUUCCAGGAUUCCACAUAAGCGGAGCCCCACCACAUGCAUUCUAAUUCCCGAGUUCUUCCGCCCAACUCGAUGUUUCUGAGACCUACCCGUGUCUUGGACUCACAGUACGAAUUGACCUCUAGCCCUCUAAACCACCCCAUGGUGUGCGUAUCGCUGUUAACCUGCAUUAUGGGUAAAGAAUGAGGGGCUUUGUGGUGGUGAACUCAGUUGUCAGCUUGACACACCUAGGAAGAGAGAGCCUCGGUGAAAGGAUUGCUUCCGUCUGAUUGGCCCGUGAGACACUUUCUUGAUUGCCAAUUGAUAUAGGAGAGCCUGGCCCACUGUGGGCGGUGUCAUCCCUGAGGCUGGUGGGCCUGGUCUGAACAUGAAAGCUAGCUGAGCAAGCCAGAGGGAGAAGCUGAUAAGAAGUGACUCUUGGGGGUUGGGGAUUUAGCUCAGUGGUAGAGCGCUUGCCUAGGAAGCGCAAGGCCCUGGGUUCGGUCCCCAGCUCCAAAAAAAAAAAAAAGAACCAAAGAAGUGACUCUUGAUGGUUUCUGCUUCAAGCUCUUAGCUUUUCUUACACCGUAAGUUGUAAGCUGAAGCAAACCCCUUUCUCUUCCUGUUGCUUUUGGUCAUGGUGUUUAUCGCAGCAACAGGGAAGCAAAUCAGGGCAAGCUUUUUUUAAAAAAAUUCCAUAUGGUGAUAAGGACCCGUAGGACAAAGCAGGGUCACGUGGUCUGGGGCCACGGUGGUGUCACAUUCAGCAGAAAGGACCAGUGGGCGUGUCCUGGCAGAUCUGUGACUGUAUAGACGGAUGCAGCUUUGGGGUAUUGUGUGUGAGGGGCCACACAGCUGUGGUUAGGGGGAAGGAGACUGGGGGCAGUGGGUCUUGGCUAUUGUUCCUGAAGAUGGGCUGUAGAGUACAUGGAUCCAGAGAUGGUUCAGGGAGAGUGUUUUAGGGAAUCGAGACUUGGAGUUUCUUCUGAUUUGGGGCGAAACAAGCUAAGAGGCAAGCGCAUGCCGUCCGAUAGCUUCUGUGUCUGCUGUAGCUGCAGGCACCGAGGGACGCACUUGGGGGUUGGGGAAGCUUUGAGCUGUGGCUAACAGAGAACCUAACCGAGCAUCUUCAUCUGUGUGGAUGCAGAUGAGUUUCUUGGACACAGGAAAGCCCAGCUGGUCUCAUAGCCAGCUUUCGCCUGCCCCUUCCCUGCCUGCCAGGAGAACUAGAACAGCACCCGUGAAAACCAUGCCCUGUUCACUUUUACUGUCUACCUGAAAGUACCAUGUGAAGAUUUGACCUCUAUGCCAUGGAAAAGCACUCUAAUGACCCGCUUCUUUGAAGUCUUAAAAGCACUCGCAGCUCUGUCCUCGGGUGCCCCCUUCUCUGCCUGUUAUCUCGGGGGUUGGCAAGUGGCAGGCGGGCUCCGCCCUAGGAGUGUGAGCCGCUCUGCCCUCAGGAAGUUUGCUCAUGGGGGCUGGUCCUGUGCUCCGGUGAUAGGAGCCUGGUGCUAUGCCACCAAGGAGCAGAGGAAGUGACCAGAGAGGCUUAGGAAAGAUUGCUCUCCUCAUCCAGAAACAACACUUGAAAUGGAAACAGAAAAAGGCCGAAAGAGACCUGAUGUAACAGACCUUGGAGGGAGAUGAGCGCGGGAGGUCUUUGCCCACCCUUUGCGAGCUUUUCGAGCUGCUUGUUGGAGUUACACUUGGUUCUUCCUCCCAGCCCCAUGCUCUCAGAAGGCCAGACCGGUCAUCACUGUGGAUGUCUCCAUCUUCCUGCCGGGCUCCAUCAACAUCACAGCACCUCAGUGUCACGAUGGACAGCAGCCUGUGAACUGCCUGAAUGUCACGGUGUGCUUCCGAUUCCACGGCAAGAACGUACCAGGAGAAAUCGGUCUGAACUACAAUCUGACGGCUGAUGUGGCACAGAAGGAGAAGGGCCAGCUGCCCAGGGUCUAUUUUGUGUUGCUGGGAGAGACUGCAGGGCAGGUCUCGGAGAGGCUGCAGCUGACCCACAUGGAUGAGGUGUGUCAUCACUACGUGGCCCACGUCAAGCGGAGAGUCCAGGAUGUCAUCAGCCCCAUUGUGUUUGAAGCUGCCUACAGCCUGGGUGAGCACGUGAUUGGUGAGGAGGACCGGGAGCUGCCAGACCUGACACCAGUGCUUCGCUGGAAGAAGGGACAAAGGAUUGCUCAGAAGAACCAGACAGUCUUUGAAAGGAAUUGCCGCUCUGAGGACUGUGCUGCUGAUCUGCAACUUCGGGGGAAACUGCUGCUUUCCAGUGUUGAUGAGAAGACCACACACCUGGCUUUGGGGGCGGUGAAGAACAUCUCUCUGAACAUCUCCAUCUCCAACCUUGGAGACGACGCCUACGACGCCAAUGUGUCCUUCAAUGUCUCCAGGGAGCUCUUCUUCAUCAACAUGUGGCAGAAGGAGGAGAUGGGCAUUUCCUGCGAGCUGCUGGAAUCAGACUUCCUCAAGUGCAGUGUGGGAUUUCCCUUCAUGAGGUCAAAGUCUAAGUAUGAAUUCAGUGUCAUCUUUGAUACAAGCCACCUGUCUGGAGAAGAGGAAAUUCUCAGCUUCAUCGUGACUGCUCAGAGCGGCAACAUGGAGCGCUCUGAAGCCCUGCAUGACAACACUCUCACACUGACAAUACCACUGGUGCAUGAAGUGGACACGUCCAUCACUGGAAUUGUGUCCCCAACCUCCUUCGUGUAUGGCGAGUCUGUGGACGCAUCCAACUUCAUUCAGCUGGAUGACCAGGAGUGCCACUUCCAACCAGUCAACAUCACUCUCCAGGUCUACAACAUGGGCCCCAGCACCCUUCCUGGGUCUUCUGUCAGCAUCUCCUUCCCCAGCCGGCUGUCACCUGGUGGUGCAGAGAUGUUUCAGGUUCAGGACAUGGUGGUGAGCCAAGAGAAGGGUAACUGCUCCUUACAAAGGAACCCAACCCCCUGCAUCAUCCCUCAAGAACAAGAAAACAUCUUCCACACCAUAUUUGCUUUUUUCUCCAAGUCCGGAAGAAAAGUGUUGGACUGUGAAAAGACAGGGAGCUUCUGCCUAACACUGCACUGCAACCUUAGCGCCCUCCCUAAAGAGGAGAGCCGCGCCAUCGACCUGUACAUGCUACUGAACACGGAGAUUCUGAAGAAGGACAGCUCCUCUGUCAUCCAGUUCAUGGCUCGAGCCAAGGUGAAGGUGGAGCCUGCUCUGAGAGUGGUGGAGAUAGCUAACGGGAACCCAGAAGAGACUCUGGUGGUCUUCGAGGCCUUGCACAACCUGGAACCCCGUGGCUACGUCGUGGGCUGGAUCAUCGCCAUCAGUUUGCUGGUGGGGAUCCUCAUUUUUCUGCUGCUGGCUGUGCUGCUGUGGAAGAUGGGCUUCUUCCGUAGAAGGUACAAAGAAAUCAUCGAAGCUGAGAAAAACCGGAAAGAGAAUGAAGAGGCUUGGGACUGGGUCCAGAAGAACCAGUGACCCCACCGCACCAGUCAUGUGAUGUCCCUCGUGUCCCCAUCACCAGCCUGAGGUCCUUGAUCUUUGUAUCUUCCAUAUUUGGAAGAAAGAAAUCUUCUCCAGAUUUUUCGGAGGCCCCACUGAUGCUGUUCUCUUCCUCAUCCUGUCAAGCCCGGUGCCGACCUGAGAUGGCCACCUCCAGCCAGGUCACAUGACCGGGGCCACCGCCACUCCCCUUUACGAGAUGAACUCAGACAGAACAAAGCAAUAUUUAUGGAUACAACAUUGUGUGGUCAACCCUCAGGGGAAAACUGUUAACCUAAAGUAUUUUUUAUAAAUGUAAGCCUUUUAUAUUGACCAUGUCUUUAUAUUUGUAUCAAUGUUUUAUUAUUUCUAUUAAAUAGUUCUAUAACUCACUCAAGCACUGAAAUCUUGGAGAUACAUAUACCUGCAUACAAAUUUUAAAGAGAAGAACUUAUUCAACUCUGGAACUUGUUGUUGGGGAAGGAAGAAAAAAAAACUUGCAGAUAAAACAAACUGAAGAAACCUCGUGAAAUGAAUCCACCAAGCUGGACGCACUGAAAAAGCACCAAGGGUAUGGCAGGGUCACCUAAGACAUUUAUUCCCUGUUGUGACCACCUGGAGUCAAGUUCGGAGAGCUUGAAGCAUCGGUGUUUUUUCUUACGGACCUCUCACUGGGAGACUCAGCAGGAACUGGGAUGGAGCACCAGGUUUCCUCCUAGCAGAUGCUCCAUGCCAUCCUGACUCAUGUGACAGGCACUGAACCCUCCUCUGGAGUCAGCAAGUGCUGGAUGGACAACUGGUCAACCUCAGAAUAGCAUCUCAUCCCAGACACCAUUCGCCAGGGUUCAGAGUCCAGGACUGAAGCUGUGUUCUCUCAGCAAAGAUCUGUGUCUCUGUGUGUAAGCUGUCACCUUGUGGUGUAGUGUUAGCACAAGGCUCUCCAUUUCUUUUGUCACUCUUGCUGUCCCCAACUGGUGGUGCUGCAGACACCUUCCCAGAAAGAGUCACCCCACAUGGCUUGUGUUUAUGUCUUAGGUGGAACUUUCAGGAGGCAAACCCUGAAAUAGGACUUGGAUGCAAAUAACUUAUUGAGGAAGUCUUCCCAGAAGGUAACAAUGAGGAAGUUGAGAAUAUAAGACAGGAGAGUAUGGGAGCCAGGUGACAGUGUAGUGUCCCUUCAGGAGACAACCCAGGAGGUGGCUUCAGACCAAGUAGAUCUAGUGGGCAAGUCGGGCUCAGGAACCUGGACUUUUGUAAUCCCAACCUGCAGGGGAUUGAAACUUGGUGCCCUUAGUUCUUGCUGACAAGAUGACUCCGUCAUCCAGAGGAGAGCUUUUGGGGGCACCCUCAAGAAAGGAGACCCAGGGUGUUGGGGAUUUAGCUCAGUGGUAGAGCGCUUGCCUAGGAAGCACAAGGCCCUGGGUUCAGUCCCCAGCUCCGAAAAAAAAUUAACAAAAAAAAAAAAAAGAAAGAAAAGAAAAGAAAGGAGACCCAGAGGUCAUACCAAGAACUCUGAGCCAAGAGCUUUGGUGCCCCUUCCCCCACACAAGUGCACGCUUUGUAUAACCAAAAAGGCCAUGAUUCUAAGCUGAUCCUAGAAGUCAAAUGUUGCAUCUGACCCUGGAAUGGAGAUGGUAGUCACUACAGGGAAGGGCAGCCCAGGAAACCAGUGCACACCCAGCUCUUGAGUUUUAUCAAAAGAAAUAAGGAAAGAAAUCUUCCCAGCCAUGUACAUCCUAGUCUGUGGGUCAGGCCCUGUGCUGGAUGCUGGUGGAUCCCCCUGAGAGCACAGUCACCUCAUGCCCCAGGGUGGUAAGCCCUCCCACAAUAGGCAUGGGGUGUGGGUUCUUCAUGAACCCCAUUUGCAGCUGUUCGAUGAUGAUUGUGAACCGCAUCAUGGUUUCCUUUAAUAAAUCACUUGAGAGUCUUGGGUGGUGAGACCGCUACAGAACCAUCUGCAAGUUUAGUCAAAGACAUCUGUCCCUGCUGGCAUACUUCCUGCACAGGGUGUGGCUGCAUCAGUGGAGAAGGGUGACUCACGUACACAGCUCAGCAGAGCCGCACCUGAGAAGUCACGGAAGGCAAGAAAGGUAGACUAAACUCUGGAAUCUGGCCACUUGGGCCUGAUCUCAGAUGGUGAGACCUCAUGAAUAGUCAUGGGCUCAGAAGGUCACCAUAACCUCAGGAGGCAGGUUUUAAGAAGACUACAUGGUGGCUCGGGAAGCAAAUCCUAACAGGCACGGUAGGGGAGAGGAGGCAAAGGCCUUUCUGACAAUGUUGAGAGCUAGGGCUGUGGCUGCCUGGCACAGAGGCGGGGGAAGAGGGUGGGGGUCAUGGAAUUCUCUCAACUGGGUUGCAGGUGGGUUAAUGUGCCUACGUUACCUCUUUCUAGAACGUUCUUUUAAAAAGCCCCCUGUGGGUAGCCCAUUCUUGUGCCUCUGAGUUCAUCCUGCAGACAUUCUCUGGGGCGCUACCAUUUGUCUAUGUACAGGUUUUAGUUGUGUCUUCUGUGGUUUUAACCAGCUCAAGAAGGUCUAGAGCACCCCCAAAGUGAGCCCAGCCACAAAGAGGCUAUGAAACUUAGACACACAAGAACACUAGCAGGAGGGACCCAUAGGCACACCCUCUGUCUUGUCACUGUGGUCUCAGGCAAUGCUUUGGGAAAGCACCUCAGGGCUCAGAGGUUUGACAGGUUGCAUGAAGUCAUCCGUCCAAGUCCCCCCUCCAUCCAUUCUUUUGCACCCCCACCACUGACACCCCACCCCACCCUCACGCACUACUAAAGCCAAAGGCAAGGGAAUCAUUAAAUAAACAGCGUACUGUUGGGACGUCCCAGUGACCAGUGACCCCUGUUGCGUGCUACCUGUUGAGCCCCAGUGUGGUAGGUGUGGAAACGUUAUUCACAUUUAUUUAAGGAUGAGACAACUUUAUACCCAAUUACCUGGGAAACAGAAACCUAGGAAAGGAGAGCCCAACGUCAACUUCCUGAAACUUAGAGGCUACUACGAAGCACUGUCAUUUGAUGGGAGGAGCUCCGGGACAGAGCGCUUGCCCGACACACGGGAAGCACCGGGUUCGUUCCCUAGAAUCCCCCCUCCCCGAUAUCACUUGGGGGAGCCAUCCCUUGAGUAAACAAAAGGCAGGAAGUGGAUAUUCUCAUUAUUAUUCCACGAUUCCUAGAGAACACAGAACUUUAAUAGAUGUGGGUUCCGGUUGUGGAGUAUAUGUUCUAUGAUAAUGACGGAAGGGAGGCUGCAGAGCCCCUGGGGCCGAGUGAGCCUUCUAGAAUGCCUUCUGAGUUUUCAGCACGUGGGGAGCGGUGAGUAGAUCACCCUGACAGCAGUGAGGCGAUGUGGUGCUCUCUACGGCUGAUCUGCAUCUCGAUCUGUUAUGGCGUUUGGUCUGGUUUGCUUUGUGUGAUCCCAAUGUGCACAGUGUGAUGGGCGGUGUGGGUUUAAGAUUUAUGAGUGGUUUGUUGCAUGGCAGGCAUCUCUGCUCUCUGCAUGUCUGCAGCUUUACACACACACACACACACACACACACACACACACACACAGCCCGAGAGGAUCAGAGUGGGAGGGCCGCCCUUCCUCACUGUGUCUUGUGCACAUGUCUCUCUCUGCGGUCACUUCUGAAUCACUUGCACUGUUUAGGAGAUGCCAGGUUUACAGAAAUAAGUGUUUAGAAUAAAAUAAACAAAAAUGGCUUCAAAUGAUA